AUGAGGGGACUAUUUACCAAAAUCCACAUUUGUUUAACAAGUCAAUCUUCAAAGUCCCAACACUGCUCAGUUCCGAUCCAAACCUCAAGAACCCUAAAAAUGGCGAAAAUCUCCAUCGCCACCGUCUUCAUAGCUUUGAUCUCACUCUUACUAACACUCACACACUCAUUCUCCACCGAAAACCCUACAGAUCGGCGCAUUUUAGUCCUCCUCGACGACUUAGCUCUCAAAUCUUCACACUCGAUCUUCUUCAACUCUCUACAAUCACGCGGAUUUGAGCUCGAUUUCAAACUCUCUGAUGAUCCGAAGAUCGCGCUGCAGAGAUACGGCCAGUAUUUAUACGACGGCUUGAUUUUGUUUUCUCCUACGACCGAACGGUUUGGAGGAUCGUUGGAUGUGGCGGCUGUUCUGGAUUUUGUUGACUCUGGUAAGGAUUUGAUUGUUGCGGCUGAUGCGAGUGCGUCGGAUUUGAUUCGGAGUAUUGCGGCUGAGUGUGGAGUUGAUUUUGAUGAGGAUCCGUCUGCUGUGGUUAUCGAUCAUGGGAGCUAUGCUGUGUCAGGAACUGAGGGGGAUCAUACGUUAAUUGCUGCUGAUGAUUUUAUUAAAUCUGAUGUGCUUUUAGGAAGUACUAAAAUUGAGGCUCCUGUACUUUUCAAAGGAAUUGGUCACUCUUUGAACCCAGCAAAUAGCUUGGUUCUGAAGGUUCUCUCUGCUUCUCCAUCAGCAUAUUCUGCCAAUCCAAAGUCCAAGCUGUCAACUCCACCAUCACUUUCUGGAUCUUCCAUUUCAUUGGUUUCAGUUGUUCAGGCUAGAAAUAAUGCAAGAGCUGUGUUUUCUGGCUCCUUAGAUCUGUUUAGCAACAAAUUCUUCAAAUCACCAGUACAGAAGGCCGGGAGCUCAAACAAAUAUGCGAAGUCUGGCAAUGAACAGUUUGUUACUGAGCUUAGCAAAUGGGUCUUCCAUGAAAGAGGACACUUAAAGGCAGUCAAUGUUAAACAUCACAGAGUUGGCGAGACUGACGAACCUGCUAUCUACAGGAUCAAUGACGACCUGGAAUACUCGGUAGAGAUCUAUGAAUGGUCUGGAUCAAGCUGGGAACCAUAUGUUGCAAACGAUGUUCAGGUUCAGUUUUACAUGAUGAGCCCCUACGUGUUGAAAACUAUGUCUACUGAUAAGAAGGGUUUAUACCAUGCUUCUUUUAAGGUGCCAGAUGUUUAUGGUGUUUUCCAAUUUAAGGUUGAAUAUCAGAGGCUUGGAUACACUAGCUUGUCACUUGCGAAACAGAUUCCAGUUCGUCCUUUCAGACACAACGAAUAUGAGAGAUUCAUACCAACAGCUUUUCCAUACUACGGAGCCUCGUUUUCGACGAUGGCUGCAUUUUUCAUCUUCAGCUUUGUAUACCUUUACAGCAAGUAAAACCUCAAAGGUGGACUUUGUGACAUUAUAUGUUGUUUUAAAACAUCAUGAGAGGUCUCGUUAUCUAGUGAGUAAUAUGAUUCUGGUACAAUUUUGGGCAACAUACUAUCGUGAUUCUGCCUGCAUUUUUAGUGCUUUUAACUGUAGAGUAGAGUAAUGAAUGGACAAAAUGUCGAAAGUAUCCGAAGAGACUUUUUUAUAUACACUGUAGUAUCUUGCUCCAACUCAUGUUGCAUUUA